AUGGAGAGGAACAGGGGAACGCAGAGAGGAGAUACCGGAAAGAUGGAUAAACCGGCAUCAUCUUCAAGCCAAGAUGUCGGCAAAGAUACCAACGAUGCGGCAAAUAUUGAUGGAUUAGCUACACGCUUCAAGAUGGCAAUUUCGAGUUACCAUCUGUUGACCAUCAUCACCAUGGCAGCGGUUGCCUUGGUAGCCGCAGGAGCUGUUAUCACCAUGGCUGGUGUCGUCAUGUACCUUACUGUCACACCGAACAGGCAGGCUGACAUAAACGUGGUGCAGGCUGCCAGUCAUAACGUUGUGACAGCAACACUGCCACAGAUGACAACCACCCUGUCAUGGAUGACAACCACCCUGCCGCAGAUGACAACCACCCUGCAACAGGUGACAACCACACUGCCACAGGUGACAACCACACUGCCAUGGAUGACAACCACCCUGCAACAGGUGACAACCACACUGCCUUGGGUGACAACAUCAUCGCAGUGCUCAAAGCUGACACCUCCAACAAACGGUGCCGUGACUGGCUCCAACUCCUACAGAGACGUGACCAUCUUCACCUGUAACCCAGGAUACAAGCUGGUCGGUACUUCUACACGUACCUGUCAGUCUGACGGGACUUGGAGUGGAGGGUCUCCAGCAUGCAAAAUUGUACAAUGCCCGACACUAAAACCUUCAGUCAAUGUCAUCAUGGAAGGGACCAAGUCCUACCGGGGAGUGACAUACUUCAGCUGUACCCGCGGACACUCUGUUGUAGGUGCGAAAAGCAUCAAGUGCCGGGCAGACGCUGUACAAUGUACCAGACUGACACCCCCAAGAAACGGUGCCGUGAGCGUCUACAACUCCUACGGAGACGUGGCCACCUUCACCUGUAACCCAGGAUACAAGCUGGUCGGUACUUCUACACGUACCUGUCAGUCUGACGGGACUUGGAGUGGAGGAUCAUCAACAUGCAGAGGUUCACAGUGCACUGGAACUAGAUGA